CUUGGUGAUUCACAAGGUGGAGACUUAAAUAUCAAAACUAAAACUUUAGAAACAAACUAAAGUAUUAAGUGCUUUUGGUAUAAUCUUAAUGAAAUCAUACUUGUGAAGCAGAAUCUCAAGCGAUCUCAGAAAUCUAUAAUACGGAGUGUUACCUGACUUAAGUGGAUUAUUUAUGCAUUGUGAUAUACUUUAAAAUUAAGCGACUGAUAUUGCAACAAAUCAAAACAAUAACGUGAAAAUCAAAGGAUAGUGCUUUGUGUAUUUUGAGUGCUCGAGGAUUAACAGUGUUUAGAAACAGUGCUAAGUGUUUCUAAGAGUGCCGAGUGAUUGUACUUAAUACAUUAUUUGUGGGUGGAACUUUUGGUUUAUAUUCAAUACUAGUGUUGGGGAGAAAGUUUCGUCACCAUGUUGCUGUACGCCCGCCGCAAGAAGCUACUGCGUGACGAGCGUGUGCUUCAGCUGGUGCUGCUGUUGAGUCUGCUCCGAGGUGACCCUGACCUUCUACUAGGUCCUGGGGGUAGCUCUCCCCUCGGUGAUUUGCCACAUGACCUUAUCUUGGGGUCGUCCCUGGGUCACGUGCUCCCCUCAUCACCCAUGACCAUUGGCGCCAAUCUCCACCCCAAGAGUCUAGAUCGCAUCCUGGCCGACUACCAGCGCUCAGUUCUGGAUGAUCUCAAUGCCCUGGGCCGCUACACAUCUCUCCAGCAGGCACACAUUGGUGACGUCCAGGCCUACUUACUCAACUCACACACGUCGCUCCCAUCACCGCCCACCGCCGACACACCAGACCAUCACCAUCAGGGACCCACCUCACCACCCAACCAGCCCAACAAUAUCUUGCCCGACCCACCACCUUCAGACUACAACCUCUCUGAUGACCUCACUCCAGAGGAUUUGGCUCUGAUUGAAGCAUUAUGGAAGCAAGAUGUUGAUUUGGGAGUGCCCAGGGAAGUUUAUGAAGAUGAAGUUGUGGAGACUCUCAAUGAUGCUCAGACCAAGGACAAGGACCAUGGGAAGAAGCCAAAGGGUGAUACGAAGAUUGAUGAAAAGGCUGAUGACAACUUGUGUUUACACCUCAAUUUCACUAUUGACUCUGAGACAGGUGAGCACGUACUUUCACCUGAGAGUCAAAUUAGUGGAGGUGACGUGACCUUUGAACCUGUCUCAUCCCUUAAUUCGCCUUCCUUCACCCUCAACGAGACUGUGGCAGAUUUUAAUCUAGAGUUCAAUCUUGACGAGGCACUUCAAUUUGUUGGACUCGACUGCUCUGAAACUGGAGAGACCGUUUGGAAGUCAUCAGAAUCUGAGAACAACUCAGACAGCCUUGUUAAGACAGUGUCGGAGAAGGAAGAGGAGGAGAGUGAAGAUAGUUUGGACGUGCUAAACGAUACCCUGGACGACAUGAUCCAGGCCUCUCAGCUCCACCCGCAUCACCCACGAUCAUUACAGGUAAAUAAAUCUUUUGUGUUGAUCUUCACCAUUUCUUUGAAAAGGUGUGUUUUUAAGCAUCCUCAGGUGUAUUGAUAUUCCUCAAAUGAA